AUGCGUGUGGACCUGGUGGUGGUGUUUGUGGCUGCUGUGGCUCUCUCUCUCCCCGCUCUCUCAACAUGUGACCCACUCUAUGUGAUCACUGCUCCUAACCUCCUGAUGGUGGGUAACCCUGAGAAGGUGGAGGCUAAGGACUUCACUGGAGGAGACCUGAAUGUGAAUAUCACCACUGAAGACCAAACUGUCUCAUCACCACCUUCCUUUUCACCUCCAGCAUCUGACACCUCCCAGUCUGAUCACAUCAGGAAGACAACCAUCAGUGGUGUUCAUCCAGUUGAGUCUGUGAUGAGUAUGACUGGAUAUGUUGGUAAAUCAGCAGUGAUUGAAUGCCCCUAUGACAGAAGAUUUGAACAAUACUCCAAGUACCUCUGCAGAGGAAGGUGUAUCUGGGGGAGUAAAGAUAUUCCUGUCAGCACUGAAGCAGGUCAGACCAGAGCAAUCAAUGGAAGAUUUUCUCUGCAUGAUGACCCCACUGCUGGAGUCUUCACUGUGACCAUCACUGGACUGACUGCAGAGGAUUCAGGACAGUACUGGUGUGGAGUUAAAACAGGAUUUGGAAGAUAUGACGUGUACGCUGAAGUAAAGUUAAAUGUUAAAAAAGGUGUUCAUCCAGUGGAGUCUGUGAUCAGUAAGACUGGAUAUGUUGCUAAAUCAGCAGUGAUUGAAUGCCCCUAUGACAGAAGAUUUGAACAAUACUCCAAGUACCUUUGCAGUGGGGCGUGUGUCUGGGGGAGUAAAGACAUGCCAAUCAAGACUGAAGCAGGUCAAACCAGAGCAAUCAAUGGAAGAUUCUCUCUGCAUGAUGACACCACUGCUGGAGUCUUCACUGUAACCAUCACUGGGCUGACUGCAGAGGAUUCUGGACAGUACUGGUGUGGAGUUAAAACAGGAUUUGGAAAAUAUGACGUGUACGCUGAAGUAAAGCUAAAUGUUAAAAAAGAGGUCUGCAGCACUCUGAAAACUGGACAGAUAGAUAUAGAGGAAAGGUCAAAUAGGAUCUGCCACAAAGACACAAACUAUGUUUACCAAGUCACAGUGGACAAGAUGAGCCUGACCCACCACGCAGACCUCUACCACAUGAGGAUCGACCAUGUGAUCGUGGAAGGUGCUGACAAGGUCCAUGAAGGAGCUAUGCGUCAGUUCGCUGGUUAUCCCACCUGCAGAGAUAAGAUGGCUUUGGAGGUGGGGAAGGCCUACCUGGUUAUGGGCCCCAGGGAGGACUACGAUGGGAGAAACAAGUACCUCCUAAGCACUAGCACCUGGAUGGAGUACUGGCCAACAGAAGAGGAAGGACAGACUCCAGAGUACCAAGAUGCUUAUGAUGCAAUCAUGAUCCUCACCAGUGACAUCAGUACAUUUGGAUGCAAACAAAUGUAAACAUCCAUGGUUUCCAUUUAUUUUAGUCUAAAUGAUACUGCUAUCAUGGUACU